AAAAGUGGAGGAGCUCCUAUACAUUGAGAUUACAUCAGCUAUUAAAAUCGAGAAAGUGUCUGAUAAGAACAAGCAGGGCAUCCUGAGAGUCCUCCCGUGUUGCGUGAGUGUUGCAUGAGGGUUGCGCGGUGGUGGGGAGGUGAGAGCUGUCCGGUGCUGAGGAGGGAAGAUGAGCUCAGCGCGCUCUGGGGUGCAGGUAACGUCAGCAGUCGGCCGGAGCAGGGAAAGACGCAUCCCGCGCCCUCUGCUUGGCUUGAAAUGGGAUGAUAUGGGAUUUUUCAUGUCGACGAAGAUCGGAGGGAUUCUUGCGUUUGCCUUGGUAUUCCUGUCCCUGACGGUGCCAGGAGACUCAGAUGCAGAGGUGAACUGUGAGAACAUUUAUAAGGACUUUUCUGAUUGUGUCCUGGAGCUGGGAGAGAGCAUGGACAACUAUCAGGAGAACGUGACCAGCGAGAGGGGAGUGGAGGCCGUGUGCAGCCACUGGGAAGCUUUCCACACAUGUGCCCUCACAGCGCUGUCCGACUGCCAGAAGGAAGUCAGCUCCAUCUGGGAGACUCUAAGGCAGGACUCCAUGAAGAUGCGCUUCCAGGGAAGUCUGUUCGAACUGUGCAGCCCUAGCUCCUCGCCCAGCAUAAGUUCGCCUCUUGCUGCCCUCACUCUGCCACUGAUAGUGCUGAUCAUGACUUGGCCCAACUGGUACCCUGUAUAGAUGGGGUGAGGGUGAGGGUGAGGAGAUGGGAGGGGUGAGGAGGAGGGCCUCAAAUUCCCUUGGGUUCAUUCCUCUUGAGUUCAAACUUAAAGCCAAGGAUUUAAGAGGGACGAGUGUUUUAAUAAGGAUUAUUUUGACACGGAGCCACAGAGGUCUGUGGCAAGCCAAUCAAUAUUUGCUGUGAUGAAUAAUGUUUAAAAUCUCCUCAAGUACUUCAGCUUGAUCCUCCCUUAUGUCUGAAAACUGAUAGUAUAGUUUAGAAAAUUACAAUCAGCCAACUUAUCAGUCCAGGCAGACUAAGCAUACACUCUAAGUAUCCAAGGGAUUACAGAUACAAUGUGUGCAGAUCAGAACAGUCUGCAAGGUACACACCUGUGGCUCUGGGUUACUAAUAUACAAGGAGUGGACACAAUAGGUGCAUCUCAUAACCCUUACAUUGCCUCCUUGAUCCUCCACUUGCGUCCGUUCCUCGCGUCUUAGUCCCUCCCACCGGGGAGGUACGGGAGAGACGCGAGGAAAUCAUGGAAGGAGAGAGAGGAACCAAGGAAAUGUGCUUUUAGAGGGAUGAGACAUCCUUUCCUCUGAAGCGUCACAUGAAUUUGUCAGCUGAAUGGGCAGCUGCACGGCUUCCAGGAAGGCUGUUCUCGUGUAUCCUCACUCAUGGCAACUUCCGGUUCAGCCGAGGACCGAGGAGUCGAGAAGUUAUCAAAUAAGGGUUAUGAGAUGCACCUAGUAUCAUGAACACCUGUUCAAUCUAAUGCAAUUAAUACUAUGUAGUAUGAACAUUAUCAUGUUCAGUUUUGUGAAUUCAACUCUGAGGUAAUUUUAAAGCAGUAUUUGUGGAGUUUUCAUUAUGUUCUAAGACAGCAAGGUGUUAAUGUGUUUUGUGCCCACGCCCUGCAACAUGGAUUGUAUGGUUUUAUCAUGAUAGUUAAAGGAAUGGUUCAACAUUUUGGGAAUUGGAGGAUGAGAUCUAUACCACUCUCAUGUCUGUACACUAAAUAUGAAGAUACUGCCAGCAGCCAGCUAGCUUAGCUUAGCACACAGCUCCUAUGGCCAUGAAAUAAUUUGACACAUCACUUGCGGUAAAACCACAACUUUUGUAUGGAUUAAUCAAAUAACAUGUUAAUUUGUGAUCUUUAGGCGGAAUUUGUUACCUUUCAACAAAGCUAAGAUAGCUGUUUCCCACCAGUUUCCUUGUCUUUUAGCUAAGCCAAGCUAACUGGCUCCUGGCUGAAGCUUUAUAUUUAGUGUACAGACACAUCCACUACUCGGCAAGAAAGCAAAUACUGAUACGCGUAUUUCUGAAUUAGUGGAACUAUUCCUUUAAUUAAGAGUUUACGUGUAUGUUAGACACCAAAACACAGAUUUUAAUCUCUAGUGAGUUUGUAUAAAUGCAGUCGUGAUGUAAUUAGCUGCCACAGUGCAAGAAAACAUUUAAAGGAGCACUUCACC